UCUCGGGGAGCCACAGAUCUCGCUCCAACAGCUCUCCAGCCAGCUCUCACACUCCAGGCACCGCAGCACCGAUCCUCCGAGCUCAGCCCCAAUGGCCCGCACCGCCACCGCCGCCGCUGCCGCAGCCCGCGCUCCCCGGUUCCUCCGGGCCGCGCUCCUGCUCCUGCUCCUGGCCGCCGCCUGCCGGCAAGCUGCAGCGGCGCCCGUGGUCACUGAACUGCGCUGCCAGUGCUUGCAGACCGUGCAGGGAAUUCACCCCAAGAUCAUCCAGAGUGUGCAGGUGACGUCCCCAGGACCCCACUGCGACCAAACAGAAGUCAUAGCCACUCUCAAGAAUGGACAGAAAGUUUGUCUCAACCCCGCAUCCCCCCUGGUUAAGAAAAUACUGGACAAGCUGUUAAAAAAGGACAACACCAACUGAGAGAAAAGAAGCUCAUGGUGGCAGUUCCUGAAAGGAGGUCCCUGCUCUUACAGGACUGAAAUGAAGACGGGAACAGCUGGAUUCCACAGACAGCUAGAAAGGGAUUACUGUAUUUGUUGUUUUUUUAAACCAGAGAUCUAUUUAUUUAUAUAUGUAUUUAUUUUCAAAGCUUGUAUUUUAACAUUUUAAUGUUAGUAUUUAAAGGUGUGAAACAUGUGAAUGUGUUUAAUCAAACAUAACUCAGUUCUGAUUGUUAUUUAAUUUGAAGAUGAGGGGUUUUAAGUGUCUCAUUAAACUAAUAUUUAUUGGGAGACCAUUACGUGCCAGGCACUGUGAUGGAAGUGGAGGGGGGUGUACGGGAGGGGGGGAUCUAAGCAAUUUUGACAAUGAGAUAGAUCAAUGUUAGGGUCAGGGAAAGUGUGUGCACACCUGUUUUUGUACUUGUUUAAAAGAAUGUCACUUGUUAUUUAUUGAAACUAUUUUAUUACUCGGUCAACAUCUUGAUGUUGAAGAUUCCUUUGGACAUUUUAUGUCUUGCUUGUAAGGCAUAAUGCCUUGUUUAAUGUCAUUAUGCAAUGUCUCUCUUUGUCUUAGAACAGAGAAGUUAAAACUACUGUUACAUGUUUACAAAUGGCAUAAAAAUAAAAGUUUUGCAAAAUAUAA